UCAGUAGGACCCUAGUAUACAAAUAGAAGUGGCGUAGCCAAAACAACGAAUUAUUUUAAAAUAAAUCCUAGGAAAAUACAAAAUAGAUUUUUCUUUUUUUUGGUAAAAAGUUAAAUAAUACAAAGUAGAUUCUUUGACUAUGACUAUCCGACAAAAUCAGUGGAGAUGAAAGAAACCGAUGUGGAUCCAACGCAAGGUCCAAACAUCCAUGUUUCGUACUGGUGUUGUAUAUCAUGACAUCAAAUUUGCAUACUGAUAUAAAAAAAUAUUAUACACAUAUAUUUUAAACCAUUGGUUGAUGGGCAAGAUUCUUAUAUCUAUGAAAGAGUAAAGUAAGAAUCCAACCAGCAUAAAAUAAAUAUAUUAAUAGAUAGAGAUUCGAUUGGCCUUUCCAAAAUAUUUGUCUCGGUUCAUAAUUUCGAAGAAUAUAUUGGCAGAGUGACAUACAAUUUUUUCAAUAAAAUGUAUCUGCAUGUUUGGUUCGUCAGACAAAACUAUUCUCUGCACAUGACAUGGUGAGUCAGAAUAUGCCUACCUGCAUCAUCCAUUAUUUUGUUUUUUUUUUAUUAAAAAAUGCAUCACUUUUUAAAAAUAAUUGAUUUUAAAAUAACUAAACCAGACAAAUGAAUAUAGUUUCGUCUAAAUCUCCCAAAUAUUUAGACUAAAAUAUAGAUUUUGAAAUGAUUAGCGAAGAAUAGAUAGAGAAGACUAAAAGAUUGACAUUCUUUUACUAAGUGCUUUCAUAUUUUCUUAGUUAGCAAGAAAUAGUUGAUAUUGGAAAAAAUGAUGAGUUUAGAAUUCUAUAUUAGCCACUAGUGGACACGAGUCCGGUAUCAAUUGGAGCAAGAGCCAGGAGAGCAUUUGCAAAAGUAAUUAUUUGGACAAAACCUUCAACUACACAAAAGCUCGAAAUCGGAAAGCAGAGAAAAAAGGGUGGAACGAACAACCACAUUUCUCUGUGCCCCUAAUCCUAUGAUUUUAGUAUCUUUGACUUUUGAGGCACCACAUCUUUGAAAUUUAUAAGCUUUUCACCGACAAUUAUGAAAAUUUAAAUACCUUAACACCGCGUUAUUAAUUUUGUUGGACCAAACCAUUUAUCAAGAACACAGAAGAAAGGUGAGUGUAGUAACUAGUAUGCUAUUCAAAUGCAAUGCUAAGAGUUAUUUUACUAAUAAAUCAACAAGAAUUUUAGUCAUGCUAUAUGUUUUCUUCAUAGGCCUAAAAUAAAUGAAAUGUAACCGCAUUUUAUAAUAAUGGUUCUAUGCGUACCAAAAAUGGUUUUUAGUGUUGUAAUCUUUGUUUUUUUGUGUCUAGAACAAUUGUUUAUUAAGUAUAGCAUGGUCGUCAAAUUAACAAAUUAGCCAAUAUUUUGAAGUUCUUUUUUUCUAGACUUCUAGUAGCCAAAUUAUUUGUUUCAUUUUAGUAGAAAUUUAUUAAAAUAAUCUAAUUUAUAUUUGAUUCUCACAAAAAAAAAUUUUGUUUGAACAUAAAAUGCUAUUAAAUAUGAAAUGGUCCAACAUUGAAAACGCAACAAAUAUUAAUGUUCAAAUAACGUUAUAGAUGAUAAUUUGGACAAAAAUAACUAUAUUCAACAAACUUUUCUUCCAAAAAUCACAAAUGUGUAUUCUUGCAUCUUUGAAACUCCUCCAUAUAUAUUACAAACACAUGCUGUUUUCUGGUAUAUAAACCAUCAUCACCAUAGAAAUAUUGUAUUAUUUCAUAAAAUUAUGUAAUUAUAACAAUGUAAAUUUCUACUGAUUAUUAAUAAUAAGCCAAAAAAUUAAGGGAUGUAUUCAGCCAAAAGUUUAAGGUGAUUUGUAUUAAAAUAACAAAUCAUAUGUUAUUCAAACAUGAAUUUCAAAAACUCAUUUAAAAUCUAGUGUUAUCAACAACUUGACAUUUAAUAAAAUAUUCUGAAGUUGUGCAUAAUUUUAGACUGUAUUAGUGGAUUUUCUUAGUUGAAAAAAAAAUAAAACACAAAUUUCAUGGUUUUAAAUGAAAUUUUAUAGCGGUUAUUUAGAUAAAAUCAUCUAAUAAAUCAAAACUGCUCAAACUUUAGGAUGAAUACACAAAUUAUGGAAAUAUCUUGUCUUCAAAUACAAAUUAAUUUAAUAUGAUUUGAAUUUUUAGUUUACAUAGUAAAAAUUAAAAUGUCAUAAUAUAUUAUGGAAAUAUCUCGUCUUCAAACACAAUUUAAUUUAAUAUUAUUUGAAGUUUUAGUUUAUAUAGUAAAAAUUAAAAUGUCAUAAUAUAUUACAGAAGUAUCUCGUCUUCAAACACAAAUUAAUUUACCGAAUCAGGUUUUAAGCCACUAGUUUUAAGAAAAUGGAAUGUGAAUGUUAAAUGAUGAUCAUAAUAAGCAUUGAGAAAAAUCAUGAGUUUGGUACGAAGAAUAAGACCGAGUCAAGUCGCGACUAACAUGUAAAACUCGAACUAGAGCGAGUGAGAAUGUGAGAGAUACGCGACGAAGCGAAGAGUUUUAGAUUUUUUUUGGUAUCUAAAAAGAAGAAGAUACCCCACAACAAUAUACAGAAUCUUCUCUACUGUUUCUCUUCCUUCCUUCAAUCUUCUUCUCUCUCUCUAAACAUUCCAUCUUCUCUUGCUAUAAAAUCUCUUCACACAGAUCUCUUCUCAGGUUGUUACAGCUCACACUCGAACAGGGUUUUGUCAUGACAAGAAGACAAGUUUGAGUUUUUUUUCUUUCCAAGUUUAAAGAUCGAGACUUUGAACUUAAAAAGAUCGAUUUCUUUUUUUUUUGUCGAUGGGUUCGUUAGGAGAUGAGCUUAGUCUAGGAUCUAGAAGUCACUGUUCGAUUCCGACAAAACCUUCGAGGAUCACGAAUGUUAAAAAGCUUGAAGAAGAGAAGAUAAAGAUCGAAAGCAGUGAUCUUGAGCUUCCUCUCUGUUUGCAGAUCCUAAACGAUGCUAUUUUGUAUUUGAAGGAGGAGAACAAGAGAUGUUCGGAGAUGGAUACUCAACCAUUGUUGAAAGAUUUCAUCUCUCCAUUGCUAUGGAGAGAAGAUAACAACAAACUGGAUGAUAUUGAGGUAAGAGUUCUGACAUCGAGACAACGUUUUGGAUUAAUCCAGGACAAGGAUUGAGUUGGUUUGGUCUAGUUGUUGCAGAGAAAUGAGGAGAAAUCUUUAAGUGGUUUGCCUAUGUUGUUGAAGACUCCAGAGGUGGAAACCGGUUUAGGUCUCGGUUUAGCUUCUAGCUCGAUGGUUAACGGAGGAAGAAGAAAAGGGACUGCCUCUUGUGGGUUUAACUCUAACUCUGUGCCACAGCUACCACCAUAUCUUCAGCAGCAAGCGUUGUCGCGGAAGCAAAGAAGGUGUUGGACUCCUGAGUUGCAUCGCCGUUUCGUUGAUGCGUUGCAACUACUCGGUGGUCCUGGAGUGGCAACUCCUAAGCAAAUAAGAGAGCAUAUGCAAGAAGAAGGCUUAACCAAUGAUGAAGUGAAGAGUCAUUUACAGAAGUACCGGUUACACAUCAGGAAGUCUAAUUCGAAUCUGGAGAAACAAUCUCUAGUUGUUUUAGGGUUUAACUUGUGGAAUUCAUCAUCGAAAGAGGAAGAAGAAGGAGCAGGUGAAGGAGGAGAAUCAUCAAAGAGGAGCAACUCGCUGUCUGAUUCUCCUCAGGGUCCAUUGCACUUGCCUUGUACAACAACUACUACUACAACAGGUGGUGAUAGUUGCAUGGAAGAUGCUGAAGAUGCUAAAUCUGAGAGCUUUCAGAUGGAGAGAUUGAGAUCUCCAUAAAUCUCAAAAAAAAAACAUUUUUCAAGAACUUCUUUUUUUUGUUAUAUUGGAUUCACUACUAGUAGUGAAAGAGAACAAUAAUUAUAGAAAGGACAUAUAGGUUUAUAUACAUAUAGAAAGUGAGAGAGUAAAAGAGUGAGGAUGGUUCAAAUUAUUUUUGUGUACGGCAUUUUUGGUUGGGUUUUAAUUGAGAGUAAUAAUCUUCCUAUUUUGUUUCAUCAUAUUUUUUUUUAAUAUAUAAUACUUUAUUAACUA